AUGUCCCCAUCACCCCAGCCGCACCGGGGUGCCCGUGGAGCCAGGGCACGUAUCUGUAUACACUGCGGUCGGAGCUUCCGACGGACUGAACAUUUGGAGCGACACAUUCGCACUCAUACCAAGGAGAAGCCGUUUAUCUGCUUCUGUGGGGCAGCCUUUACUAGAAGGGAUCUGUUGAAACGUCACACGCGCAUUUCGCACCAAGAUGGAGUGACCUCGCCAAGCGUACCGUCCGAGCCAACGACGAAGACGGAUUUCCCGCCAGUGCAUCAUCAUGCGGCUAUCCCGCCGCAAUAUGAUACACCGGCUAGGUCCCUACCCGGGGACCCCUUGCAGGAUCAUCGGUCGUGCACCAAUGGGCUGGGUCACAGAUUGCUUCAAGCUCGGCGCUGGAUCCUCGUACGGGUAUGGUACAUGAUGCGGAUAUGCUUCAAGCUGCCCAGCUUCUUCUUCCGGGGGAUUAUCGAGCCACAAGUAAGUAUCGUACAGAUGCUCAAGUUUAUUCCGUCCAAUACCCCGUGUGCACAACCGAUGCCUUACUUACCGGAAGAUCUGAAUCACUUUCAAGAAUUCACCCAUUUCUUGGAUUCGAUUGGUUUGCCCGGGGAGUGGCUUCCCAGCGAAGGCGAAACAUCUCAGACCAAUGAAGCUAACUUUGAAGAUGCACGGGAGACUGGCCGACCGACUCACGAGCAUCAUGAGCGGCCACGCCGAGGUGGAGAAGGUUCUCGAGGAGAUUCACCAUUUAGAUCCUGGCUUCCAUCGGUGCCGAGGGGUGACCAAAGCCUGGCGACUUUAUCUGAUUCUGAAGCACCUCAAAGUGCAAGGAGGCCAUCCCGAUUCAAUGUCACGGAGGACCAGCGCUUUCGACUUGCGGCAUCUCUGGAAGAAUUUCGCAACGUGAUUCCGGAUUUCGUGUUGCCAUCUCGCCACACAUUGACUCGGUAUCUCACUUCCUAUUUUGAAGGCUUCCAUCCACAUCUUCCGUUUAUGCACAUUCCAACUUUUCAUAUCAAUGAACGUGCCCCCGAGGUAGUUCUUGCCAUCAUGACGAUUGGAGCUCAGUAUAGAUUUGAACACCGCAACGCAGAGAGAAUAUUCCACGUGUCCAAGGCGGUUCUAUUUGAACGGAUAUCCAGGGAGUCCCGUUACUCGACCAAAGCUAGCUACAGCUCAAGCUCUCAGGUACCAUUGGGAAUAUCUCCUUAUUCCAACUUUGCCGAUAAAGCCCUCACACAACCUCACGUAGCAGCGGAAAGAACUGGCGUUUGGAGGCAGAUUGAAAUCACCCGCUGUCUGCUUAUUCUGAUGGGCUACUCCACUUGGGAAAAUGCUAGAUUAGUCCAAGAAGCAUUCCACCUUCAAGGGUUGUUGGUUCGACAUCUCCGUGAUGCUGGCCUGACAGAAGAUACUACACGCUCUGAUUCACGCGCAUCCCUCGGCUGGUAUGAAUGGGCUGAUCAAGAGUCUACCCGACGCACAAAGUUGAUUGCGUUCUGCUUCAUCCAUGUUCAUAGCGUUGCAUACAAUGCCUAUCCAUCCUUGCGUAGCAGUGAGAUUCAUUUACGUCUGCCCUGUUCCACGAUGGAAUGGGUUGCAAGUACAGCUGCCGAAUGGGAGUCAGCUCAGAGAGAACGAGGUCCCCAACAGCUGUUCUUCCAGGAUGCAUUGGCUCUUCUCUUACAAAAGUCCCGAUCUGCUGUGCCAUUGGACCCCAUCCCGGCUCCACUAGGUAACUAUAUCCUGCUGCAUGGGCUGCUGCAACGAAUCCAUCUCGUAAGCGAACUAUCAUUACCGAAUGGGAAUCAUUCCACCACUCUCCCAACAGAGGAACUCAAUAAACUGGAGCGAGCCCUCCGCUCCUGGACAUCCGUUUGGCAACAAGCCCCAGAAUCCAGCCUAGAUCCGCAAAAUGCAAAUGGUCCAAUCCCAUUUACCUCGAGUGCAUUUUUAGGACUGGCAUACGUCCGUCUAUCUCUCAAUCUUGGUCCACAUCGCCGCCUUGAAACCCGUGACCCGACAAUAAUAGCCACAGCACUCCACCGCUCUCCACGCCCAGAAAGAAGCUACCGCCUCAUCCCAGCACUUAUCUACGCAGCUCAUGCCCUCAGCAUCCCCGUACGUUUGGGCAUAGAUCACAUUGCUCGCAGCCAAGCCUUCUUCUGGAGUGUGCGGCACUCACUCGCCAGCAUUGAAUGUGCAGUAUUACUUAGCAAAUGGUUAUUCACCGUUGCUGAAGCAGGACCAGAUCAGUCAUUAAGCGAAAACGAAAUCCGUAUUCUCCGCUGGACCCGUUGCAUCGUUGAAGAGGCUUAUUCGUCUAUUGAUAUCGAUGAAGAGGAGACCCCGCCAGAUCUUGAACCGGCUUCUUUGGGAUUGGCGGUCCUCAAACUAUGGGCCAGGCUGUUUGGGACAAAUACCCAGUGGCCGUUUAUUAAUGUUCUUGGACAAAGCUUGGAGCAGUAUAUGAGUAUGAUUUGA